UGGGUAGUCAUAGGUAACAAUCAGUUGGGGAGUAUAUAAGAAAGGGUAAGGCUACUGAUGGCGCAGAUGAUUACUAGUGUGGGAUGCCCUUCUUAACUGUUGGGUCUAGAAAGCGUGAAGCAGUGGCAUACUACACAGGAUCUUACGUGCGAGGGGAAAAAAGGUUGUAGAAAAUGAAGGAUAUAAAAGAAGACAAAUGGGGUCUAGUUAUAGUGAUGGCAGCUUUUUUCAUUCAGGUCUUUGCAUUUGGCACUAGUUCUGCUAUAGGUGUGUACAACAUUGAGUUCCUUAACUACUUUGACAACGAUGCUGUUGGUGUAUCCCUUAUUGCUGCUAUCAACUGGGGUUUUUUCCUUGGGACAGGUCCAAUUGUCAGCUUCCUAAUGACUAAAAUGUCAUAUUGUACUGUCGCGUUGAUUGGUUCAGCAUUGGUUGUGACUGGAAUACUUUUGAUGCCUUUUCUGACUUAUUUACCUGUGAUGUGCUUCAGUUUUGGUGUUCUUACAGGAAUUGGAUCAUGUAUGGUGUAUAUUCCAUCGCAUGUACUUAGUGGUUUAUAUUUUGAUCGCCACCGAAGCCUUUCAACAGGUGUUGCCACAAGUGGUUCUGGCUUAGGAGCUGCUAUCAUGCCAAUUGUUGUGGGCUACUUAAUCCAGGAGUAUGGGUGGAAGGGAUCACUAAUUUUAGUGGCAGGCCUAAAUCUUCAUCUGCUAGUCUUUUCUGCACUUCUUCGUGCUCCAUCUACUAUAAUGCCAAACAAACACUCCGUUGAAAGCAAAGUAUUAGCAGCAUCAAGUGACAUAAAACAUAUGGACCUGGAUAAUGUUGUGGCAAGAGUGAAACAUCCAUCAGAAUCUGUACCAAUGCUGAGUGACCAAGAACAAAAACCUCCUCCAUCUUCUGCAUCGGAAACUGCCAACAAGUCAUUCAAUGAGGAAGAAGAAAAUAUGCUACAGAUCAGUGAUGCCUUUGUGGAAAACAACGGCAUUGGUCAGACAAACACUGUGAGAAAAAGCAAAGAGCUAAACAAAAAUUCAAAGGAUGCAGAUGAAGAUUACCGUGUGUUGCGUCAUUUCUAUAUCUUCACAGAUGUAGGUUUUGAUAUCUACUUUGUCAGCAAUAUAUUGUGGAAUGUCACAGGCGGUGUACUGCUGGCUUUUGCUCCAGUCUUCAUAACUGAAAGAGGGAUAGAUCCUUUGAAUGCUGCUCAGCUUACUAUUUUGGGCAUUGGGGAGUUGUUUGGGAGCCUACUAGGAGGGCUGAUAGGUAACUUAUAUACUAGUCAACGUCAAAUGCAGUAUGUUGCAGCUAACAUUGCCCUAGGAAUAUGCUGCGUGCUCGUUUCUCAAAGUUUUACUUUUACUCAUUUUACUGUCAUUCUCUUUUUUGGUGGACUGAGUUUUGGGGCUGUGCUUGGCCUUCUUGUAAUUGUUCUGACAGAUCUGAUUGGACCUCAGAGUCUCGGAGAUGGCCUUGGUUACUUGAUGCUUUCUAAUGGCAUAGGAGCAUUUUCUGGCCCAGCUCUUGCAGGAUAUUUGAAGAAUGUGACUGGAGACUAUGUGUCAGCAUUUUAUCUGGCUGGUGCUGCAAGUAUUGCUGCAGGCUUGAUCAUGUUUGUCAUUCCUGUGCUCAAGUCCUUUUCUCAUAGGAAAUCCAAGCGAGGGCUAUCAGAUGUGGCUAUCACCAUAGAGGUGCCUGAUGGGACAAGAGUUUAGUGGGGAGGUUGGGGGUGCAUGCUUACAUGAUUAAAUAGAAAGUAGUUCAGUCUUAUUCAGUUUCUCAGAAUUUAACGAAAUUUAUCAGUUUUACUUCCUUAUUCUAUACCGAUGUGCAUAAUUCUGACUGUUCAAAAAAGAGGAUGAUAAAUGGCACUUUCAGUUUUAUCACUUACUUUUUCUCAUUUAUUCUGAAAAGAGAUGUGUUCGUUGUGCAACAUGUAGAAUAGUUUAAGUGUAGAGAAAAUGUUUAAGUAGAAAAAUUAAUGGACUGAAGCUGAUGAUGUGUGCUUAAGAAGACUACAGUAUAUGCAUUUCAAAAUCUCUUACAACUCUGCACAAUAGUGGAUGCACUGGUCAUUGUAAAAGCUAUUUUGAGUCAAGGUUUUGUGACCUUUAUAUUUGUCUGUUAAGCAUAAACUGUGAUUUCUGGGCUCAUCAGUUUUGCAUCCAACUAAUUGUUAGAAGAAACAAAAUGGUUGUGUUAGGUUUGCUGCUCAAGUAGAUAUGGAUGAGGUGGGAUUUGUCAUAUCAAGAUUAGUAAAAUUAUUGCUGGUAGUUGGACAUUCUUCAUGAAAGUAAUUUUGUUGACUAUCAAGUUCAAACUGAUGAAAAAGAGAGCAGUCAAAGAUUUCUGCAGCUUACAUUUACAGUACCUCACUUUUUGUUCUGCAUACUGUGAUGAAGUGUAGUUCAUUUAGCCCCUUUACAGCUGGGAGUUAAUAUAAACAAAGGGUUCCCAGGAAUGCUAUUUGACUGCUUUGGGAAUACAUGAAUAAAAAUUUGAUAUAAGCUUUUAUAGGUCAUGUUGAUAUUGAGUCUUGUUGAAAUGCAUAUUUGAUUAAUGAAAGUCAUCUUUAAACUGGAUUAAGGACUUUCUUGUCACAGCAUGGGAACAUUAGCUGUUUAGAGACCACACUUUUUAUGGGGCCAGCUCUUUGGGGUGGUAUUUUUGCCCAUCUCCUUUUCUUUUCCCUAUCCUCUGAAGCAGGGGUGGGCAAUUAAUUUUCCCAAGGGGCCACAUGAGAAAUUGGGAUGGUUUUAGAGGGACGGACUAAUAUAGUUAACUUAGUUUUACCCACUACUGUAUAUAUAUAGUAUAUAUACUGGCGGGUGGGCCGGUCAGAGACAGGAGGCGGGCCAGGUCUGCUCUGAAGGGUCAGGUAUCCAUUCAAAAGCUGGGUCAACUUCUGGGGAAGUACUUUGCACUAUGUGUGCAUCAAAUCAGCUAGCAUGCAAAUCUCUAGCAUUGAAUGGUCUUCUAACCAAACUCUGCUUUCUCAAACACAGCUGUACUUGUCACAGUAAACUUCACUUUGUUAUUUGUACAAUUUCUGGCCUGUUUUGGCUGAUUAAAAACCUCUUGAUACUUGUGUUGCAUUGUCACCUUUAAUAUCAAUAUUGGAGAUAUGGAGUAUUCUGGUCAGAAUUGGCCAUGACAGUAGAUCUGCUGAACAUUAAAAAACUUAUAUAUAGUUUUAUUUGCACUGUUACUAUCGUGGCCACAAGCCUAUGAAGAUCUGAUUUUUGAAAACUGCAUUAUUAAAGAUUGUGAAGAUAUGUGAAUGUCACCAUUUUAGUUUUGAAUGUCUAAAAACUGACACACAUAUUUUUGUAUACAAAUAUGUGCAUUAUAUACACUAAUUAGCAUAUAUUCACUUGAAGAAAGUGGGAGAAUGAAUGUUGAAUAAAUUGUGUGACAUUUUAGAAGAUGCAAGCUUGUUCACCAUUACUCAU